GCUAAACAAACACGGAAAAUCAAAUUGUAUGAAAAAAAAAACAAUAAAAACCAAAGAAAAAAUCACUUUAUAGUAUAAGAUUCAAAUGUGAUGUAGUGUUAUAAACAAUAAUUACUUGACAUGUUAUCGUUUGGAAUAAUGACGGCAUUACUCGUGGCGUUGGCUUGCGUAGUGCAUUACGACCUGUUGGGCUUGUUUCUGUCUCAUCCGUACGGGCGGCGCAUCGUGUACACAGACAACGAACGACACCAACACCAACCCAGAUCAGAGUUCGAUCACAUAUGGAUACCGAGACCAGGCACGGACCCGAAUACGAUAUAUUUUAUACCGCAGCAGGUAACCGUGGAAGACCACGGAGGUGAUGUCGAGGACUACUGGACGGACUCGGACGACGUUGUCAGCGGUGUAAAUAAUCGCGGUAUCACCGAUGGUAGGCUUUCCGACGGUGAGGUCCACCGAUGGGAGCCUGUACAGGAUACCGUUGUUGACCGUGUUCCUACCACUACCACGACUGAGGAACCGGAUGACUGUGACGACGAUGACGAUGAUUACGUUGCUCCAGGACAAGAGUGGGACGACGACGUUUUUUGACGUGCUUCCACGCCGGUGCUAGAAAUUUUCACGACGUUCCUAUAUCGCUAUAAUUGAUUAAUAUCGAUUUAGUGACUAAAGGUGAGGUUCGUUAGGUGUAUAGUAUAAUAUAAUAUUUGUUUUUGUAAAGGCACCGGGCUCCUGCACAACUUCUUCAUGUUUCGUGUCUUGUCGUGUCUUUACCAUUGUGUCGUGUCAUACUGUCAUGGGAACAUUUAAAUUAAUAUGAAUAAAAAUAGACAGUUAAUAUAAUAUAA